AUGUUACCAAGAGAAAAUCGGUGCGACGGCAAUGUUUGGCCAGUCCCAUCACCCCUCCAGCAGACACGGCAAGGUUCAUACGCUGCCCAGCAGACACGACAAGGUUCAUACGCUGCCCAGCAGACACUUCAAGGUUCAGACGCUGCCCAGCAGACACGACAAGGUUCAUACGCUGUCCAGCAGACACGGCAAGGUUCAUACGCUGUUCAGCAGACACGGCAAGGUUCAGAUGCUGCCCCGCAGACACGGCAAACGUUCAGACGCUGCCCAGGAAACACGGCAAGGUUCAGGCGCUGGCCAGCAGACACGGGUAAGGUUCAGACGCUGUCCUGCAGACACGGCAAGGUUCAGCCGCUGCCCAGCACACAUGACAAAGUUCAGACGCUGGCCAGUAGACACGGCAAGGUUCAGACGCUGGCCAGUAGACACGGCAAGGUUCAGACGCUGGCCAGUAGACACGGCAAGGUUCAGACGCUGGCCAGUAGACACGGCAAGGUUCAGACGCUGGCCAGUAGACACGGCAAGGUUCAGACGCUGGCCAGUAGACACGGCAAGGUUCAGACGCUGGCCAGUAGACACGGCAAGGUUCAGACGCUGGCCAGUAGACACGGCAAGGUUCAGACGCUGCCAACACCCCAGAGCAGAAGACCAGAUAACUUAUAUAUUGUAUUUGCUACAUUUCUUCAUGCUGAAGCUGUGUCUCUUGCUCUUCAUGCUGAAGUUGUGUCUCUUGAUCUUGAUGCUGAAGCUGUGUCUCUCUCUCUAGUUCUUCAUGCUGAAGCUGUGUCUCUUGCUCUUCAUGCUGAAGCUGUGUCUCUUGAUCUUCAUGCUGAAGCUGUGUCUCUCACUCUUCAGGCAGAAGCUGUGCCUCUCACUCUUCAUGCUGAAGCUGUGGCUCCCACUCUUCACGCUGAAGCUGUGCCUCUCACUCUUCACGCUAAAGCUGUGGCUCUCACUCUUCAUGCUGAAGCUGUGCCUCUCACUCUUCACGCUAAAGCUGUGGCUCUCACUCUUCAUGCUGAAGCUGUGCCUCUCACUCUUUAUGCUGAAGCUGUGCCUCUUACUCUUUAUGCUGAAGCUGUGUCUCUCUCUCUAGUUUUUCAUGCUGAAGCUGUGUCUCUUGCUCUUCAUGCUGAAGCUGUGCCUCUUACUCUUUAUGCUGAAGCUGUGCCUCUUACUCUUUAUGCUGAAGCUGUGGCUCUCACUCUUCAUGCUGAAGUUAUGCCUCUCACUCUUCACGCUGAAGCUGUAGCUCUUACUCUUUAUGCUGAAUCUUUGCCUCUCGCUCUUUAUGCUGAAGCUGUGGCUCUCACUCUUCACGCUGAAGCUGUGCCUCUAACUUUUCAUGCUGAAGCUGUGCCUCUCACUUUUCACGCUGAGGCUGUGUCUCUCACUCUUCACGCUGAAGCUGUGCCUCUCGCUCUUCACGCAGAAGCUGUGCCUCUUGCUCUUCAUGCUGAAGCUGUGACUCUCACUCUUCACGCUGAAGCUGUGGCUCUUGCUCUUCAUGCUGAAGCUGUGCCUCUCACUCUUCACGCUGACCGAGUAGCGAGUAGUGGUGGCAGCUUUAAUAUGCAAGCAAAUAGAAGCACUGGCAGCAGCACAUGCAGGCAAGAAGACACAGGCAGCGACACAUGUAGGCAAGAAGACACAGGCAGCGACACAUGCAGGCAAGAAGACACAGGCAGCGACACAUGCAGGCAAGAAGAGACACAGGCAGCAACACAUGCAGGCAAGAAGAGACAAAGGCAGCAACACAUGCAGGCAAGAAGAGACACAGGGAGCAGCACAUGCAGGCAAGAAGACACAGGCAGCGACACAUGCAGGCAAGAAGAGACACAGGCAGCGACACAUGCAGGCAAGAAGAGACACAGGCAGCAACACAUGCAGGCAAGAAGAGACACAGGCAGCGACACAUGCUGGCAAGAAGAGACACAGGCAGCGACACAUGCAGGCAAGAAGAGACACAGGCAGCAACACAUGCAGGCAAGAAGAGACACAGGCAGCGACACAUGUAGGCAAGAAGAGACACAGGCAGCAACACAUGCAGGCAAGAAGACACAGGCAGCGACACAUGCAGGCAAGAAGAGACACAGGCAGCAACACAUGCAGGCAAGAAGACACAGGCAGCGACACAUGCAGGCAAGAAGAGACACAGGCAGCGACACAUGCGGGCAAGAAGAGACACAGGCAGCGACACAUGCAGGCAAGAAGAUACACAGGCAGCGACACAUGCAGGCAAGAAGAGACACAGGCAGCAACACAUGCAGGCAAGAAGAGACACAGGCAGCGACACAUGCUGGCAAGAAGAGACACAGGCAGCGACACAUGCAGGCAAGAAGAGACACAGGCAGCGACACAUGCAGGCAAGAAGAGACACAGGCAGCGACACAUGCAGGCAAGAAGAGACACAGGCAGCAACACAUGCAGGCAAGAAGAGACACAGGCAGCGACACAUGCAGGCAAGAAGAGACACAGGCAGCGACACAUGCUGGCAAGAAGAGACACAGGCAGCAACACAUGCAGGCAAGAAGAGACACAGGCAGCGACACAUGCUGGCAAGAAGAGACACAGGCAGCGACACAUGCAGGCAAGAAGAGACACAGGCAGCGACACAUGCAGGCAAGAAGAGACACAGGCAGCAACACAUGCAGGCAAGAGAGACACAGGCAGCGACACAUGCAGGCAAGAAGAGACACAGGCAGCGACACAUGCUGGCAAGAAGAGACACAGGCAGCGACACAUGCUGGCAAGAAGAGACACAGGCAGCGACACAUGCUGGCAAGAAGAGACACAUGCAGCGACACAUGCUUGCAAGAAGAGACACAGGCAGCGACACAUGCGGGCAAGAAGAUACACAGGCAGCAACACAUGCAGGCAAGAAGAGACACAGGCAUCAACACAUGCUGGCAAGAAGAGACACAGGCAGCGACACAUGCGGGCAAGAAGAGACACAGGCAGCGACACAUGCUGGCAAGAAGAGACACAGGCAGCAACACAUGCAGGCAAGAAGAGACACAGGAACACUAA